AUGAUAUAAGAAAAUAAAAAUACUUUGAAUCUAAAAGAGUUUUUAAACUCUCCACUUUAAUCUCAUUAGAAUCUCAGUAUUGAUCUUAGUGACAAUAUAAUUGAUGAUGAUUGUGCAUCAGAAUUAGGUACUGCUAUAUCAAAUUGCACUAAUCUCUCAAAUUUGACACUUUUUAUCGUUUACAAUCAAAUUGGUAAUUAAGGCACUUCAAGCUUAGGCUCUGGUUUAAGAAUGUGCACUAAUCUCAUAAAAUUAAAACUUUAUCUCUUUAACAAUUAAAUUGGUGAUGAUGGUGCAUAAGGCUUAGUUUCUGCUUUAGCUAAGUGCACUAAUCUAUAAAAUUUGACACUUGAUCUUACUAACAAUCAAAUUGGUGAUGUAAAUGCAUCAGGCUUAAUUUUUGGUUUAGGAGGGUGGGCUAAUCUCGAGACUUUGACGCUUAAUCUUGAUUGCAAUAAAAUUGCUGAUUAUGGUGCUUCAUGCUUAAUCUCUGGUUUACCAAAUUGCAUUAAUCUCUCAAAUUUGACACUUAAUAUUGGUUCUAAUUAAAUUGGUGGCGAAGGUGCAUCAAGCUUAGGUUCUGCUUUCGGAAAGUGCACUAACCUCACAAAUUUGGCACUUGGUCUUUGUGGCAAUUAAAUUGCUGAUUAUGGUGCUUCAGGCUUAGGCUCUGGUUUAUCUAAUUACACUAAUCUCUCAAAUUUGACACUUGAUCUUGGCUCUAAUUAAAUUGGUGAUGAAGGUAUAUCGGGUUUAGGCUCUGGUUUGGUAAAGUGCACUAAUCUCUUAAAUCUUACUCUUAAUCUUAGUGACAAUUAAAUUGCUGAUAAUGGUGCUUCAGGCUUAGGCUCUGGUCUAGAAAUAUGCACUAAUCUCUAAUAUUUGAGGCUUGAUCUAGGUAGCAAUCAAAUUAGCGAUGCAGGUAUAUCAGGCUUAGGUUAUGCUUUAGCAACAUGUACUAAUCUAUCAAAUUUGUUUCUUGGUCUAUGUUACAAUAUAAUUGGUGAUGAAGGUGCAUCAGGCUUAGGUUUUGCUUUAGCAAUGUGCGCUAAUCUCUCAAAUUUGACACUUGAUUUAAGACCCAAUUAAAUUGGUGUAAUUGGUGCAUCAAGUUUAGGCUUCUAUUUAGGAAAGUGUCCAAAGCUCUCAAAUUUGAAGCUUUAUCUUGAUGAUUAAGGAAUCAAUAAAUCAUAAUAAUUAAAAGUAAAAAACCAGUGUCUUAAAUCAAAAAGAUUAGUUGCCUUUAAAAUGUGUUUCUAUCAAUGA